UUAUUUUAUAAAUUGAUAAAUUCUAAAACAACGUGAAUUUGUUCAUGAAUAUCAAUUAAAACGUUUCGAAAAAUUAUACUCAACCUCGAUUGUGAUAAUUAUAAAAUUUUGAAGCAUACGAUUCGGAAACAAAUCGCGUGUGUAAAUAUGUCUCAUGGUAAAAGGGAAUUAUACAGAACGGAAAUAUAAUACAGGAAAUCACAAAAAUGGGAGUGCAGAAUUCAAAACGGCAAGAUAGAGGUGACGACAUAAUAUCGCAGAAGUCUUUGGAUGUAGUAAAAAUACUUAUACAUUUUUUAAAAGAGCAUGCUAGAGUGGAAGGAUUAUUUCGACGAGCAGGACGUCGUGAGGUUCGACGACAUAUUCUUAAUUCUCUAAAGAAAGGCCAUAAACCGCAUUUUGAAAAUUCAAAUAAUGCUGCUCUGGAAUGUGCAGCAGCUUUACAAAUUUUUCUCAGUCGCUUAAAGAAACCAAUUAUGCCGCAGCACGUGCAAGAAUUGAUUCUUGCUGAUAAUCCAGGUGUAGAAGCACAAGUUAUUGCACAAGAUGCUCUAGGACUUAUUAGACAGGAUGUCGGUGGUCGUCAUUGCGAGCUUUUGACUCAUGUUUUGGAUCUUUUAAGGCACUUAACUCUUUCAGGACCUCCUUCCGAAUGUUCCGAAUUGCGCGGAUCUCCAUUACCUGUUGCACUUUUACCAGUGUUUUUUAAUUUAUCCCCUGGUGAUUUAAUAAGAUGGAAACAAGUGGCGGCCAGAUUCAGCGAAUUAAUUACGGAAGCCGCUGCACAACUCCGUCGCGAUGUACAACAUGACAUUUAUACGGAAACUAUAAAUUCCAUGACGAGUUACAUCGAUACAGCUUCGACCUCACAAGAGGAAGAAUUAACAAGAUGGCAAGAAUUUUCGUUAUUGUAUCCUUUUGUUCGACUUAGAGAUCAUUGUAAUAUUUGUCACGUUGGCGAGAUGGCACGUGUUCUUAUUACACCGUUACAACAUCCAAUCGUUGGCAGGUUACAUCCGACAAUUGCUAAUCCUAAUUAAAAAUUUUAUAACAAUCGUACAAAUGUGCAAAGUAUUUUUAGAUGCAAAUUACUAUAUUUAU